AUUAUUGUGAACUAACUACAAAAGAAUUUCUUAUUGUAGAAUGUUAAAGAGAAGCUAUAUAAUAUCUUGAUAUGUCAUGAUGACUUUGAUUAUGAUGUUCUCAUAUUUUGGUUUAACAAGAGAAUGAAUCUCACUUUUCAAUGCAGAUAAUAACUGGCAAAUGUAAUCCUAAUCAGGAAAGAGUUGUCCAACAACUAUUGGAACAAGUCCAACGUCUGAGAAAAAAAUUUGAUUAUAGUAAAGCUAUGCUGGUUGCUCAAAACAAUAUCAAGUUUGCUUUUAAACUUGCAAGAGAGGCAAUUGUUUCUCAAACCAGCAGCGCCUCGAAGGUGAAGGGAGAAAUUUGUGUCAUUUGUCAAGAAGAAACCAAGGCCGAUCGAAUGUUCGUUAUCGAUAAAUGCCUUCAUCGUCAUUGCUAUCCUUGUGUUAAUCAGUUUGUGGAAGUGAAACUGCGAAACGGAACUGUGCCCACAUGCCUUGAUUUUGAAUGCAAGUCAAAUAUAAGUCUUGAAAGUUGUAGCAAGGUUUUGAAACCUAAAGUAAUUGAGCUGUGGAAAUACAGGGUGAAAGAGGAUUCCAUUCCUGUCGCAGAGAGAAUCUAUUGUCCAUAUGUAAACUGCUCAACGUUGAUGUCCAAAACCGAGAUUUCUCCAUAUGAUCAAUCCAAUGAUCGGGCAUGUAUCAAAUGUUCUGGACUCUUUUGCAUCGAUUGUAAAGUACCAUCGCAUUCAGGUUUGUCAUGUGCUGAGUACAAAAAACUUCACCCUGACCCUCUAGUUGAUGACUUGAAGCUAAAGUCUCUAGCAAACGACCAAAACUGGCGUCAAUGUGUCAAGUGUCGACAAUUGAUUGAGCUUAAUCAAGGCUGCAACCACAUGAUUUGCAGGUACAUGUAUACAUAUUUAAAUCAAUUAAGACAUAAUUAGAGACUAAAUGUUUAUGUUUUAAUAUAAUAUCGUUGUGGCUUUUGUAGAUGUGGAUAUCAGUUUUGCUACAAAUGUGGAGUUGAAUGGAAGAAGUGUCAAGUGACUUGUCCUACGGGUUGUCCACGUAUUGGCCAAGGUAAUUUUGAUGAUGGUGAUGGACGUACUGAUGAAGAUGAUUGGGAUGAUUUUUUUGUUGAUGGUGGUUUAUCUGAUUCUCCCCCUAUCCCCAGUUAUGCUGAUUAUUAUAGUCUCUAUAGUCUAUAGUCUUUGUCUUUGCAUUAAUACAAAGAUUUCAUAGUUGUAACGAAAUACUCUGAUGUAACCUCUGCAAGGUUUUCGGAUUUUCUUUAAUGUUAUAAGGAAUAUUUUCAUAUAUACAAUUAGACAAGUUUUUGAUUAGUGUCUUUUAUCUUCUCGCUUUCUUUAUAUGUGGCAGAUAGAUUGAUAUUUGAAGAGUUAGCUUUAAUGUAUAUUGAUUAACCCAAACCGGACCAAAUCAUAUAUAUUUGUUUUGUUAAAAUUCGGUUCUCUUUUUUUCUAAAACAAAAUUACCUUAAGCGGUGUUGGUCAACCUGUUAGAAAGAAAAUUACCGAAUGAGAAAAGAAGUAUGUUCAAGUAGAUCUCGAGACCUCAUAAUAAUAAGAGUAA